AUGUUGGCGGUUAACGGGCAGCACGAGAACCUUGUGGUCAAGAUGCGCAACAAGCGCAGCGUCACCGCUGCCGAGGAGGUGGAAAGCAUUUACCAGGAGUUCAACCUGCUGACGCACACCCUCGACCACCCACACAUCAUCCGCUGCGUAAGCAUGCUGCACGGCCAGUCCCAUGCGCACCUGGUGCUCCAGUAUGGCGGUGGUUUCCUCAUGGAGCAGGUGUUGUCGACUCAACCAGGCCGUCAUUUGUCCAGGGACGAUGCCGCGUCAAUGAUGUUACUCACGGGCAGGUGUCGCUGA